AAUAACUUGACGUCACUCACUAUGAAUGUUUGAAAACCCUUUGAUUUACCUGAAAUUGUCACAAGCCACAUUAUCGCCAUCUGCAAUAAAUACAAUUAUUUCAUGCAGAUGUGUAGAGUGCUUCAAAAUGAGUAAUAUUUAUAUAAAGGAGCCAAGCACCAAUGGAAAAGUGCUUCUGCACACAUCUAUGGGCGACAUAGAUGUGGAGUUGUGGUCAAAAGAAGCACCACUGGCAUGUAGAAACUUUGUACAGCUGUGUAUGGAAGGUUACUACAAUAAUGUGAUUUUUCAUCGAAUUGUGCCUGGUUUUAUUGUACAAGGUGGGGAUCCAACUGGUACAGGUGAAGGUGGAGAUUCGGUUUACGGAAAAACCUUUAAAGAUGAGUUCCAUACACGCUUAAGAUUUGUUCGUCGUGGUUUGGUUGCCAUGGCCAACGCUGGUUCAAACGAUAACGGAAGUCAAUUCUUUUUCACGUUGGGUCCUUGUAAUGAUUUGAACAAGAAACAUACCAUUUUUGGCAAGGUGGCUGGUGAAACUAUUUAUAACCUGGUACGUCUUGGUGAGGUUGGUACAACUGAUGAUGAGAGACCUAUCAACCCUCCCUUUAUAAAGUGGACCAAGGUUUUGGCGAAUCCGUUUGAAGAUAUUGUACCGAGAACUGUUCCGGAUAAAGAUAAAAAUGAAAAGAAGAAAAAGAAAAGUCAAAUGAAAGCAACAAAAGAUUUUAAGCUUCUGUCAUUCGGUGAGGAAGCAGAAGAAGAGGAAAUGGAUGUUCUUGAGUUUAGAGCAAAACACAACACGAAAGGCAAGAGCAGCCACGAUUUAGCAAACGAUCCAAAACUGAGUUCUGAGCCCGCUAUUCCUGAUUAUGAUGCAAAAAGUGGUAAACGGAAAGCAGAAUUGGAUACAUCAGGUGACAAGGUUGAAUCUGAUGGUAGUAGCUCCGAUGAUGACACUAAGAAAGAGAGGCUGGAAAAUGUAAAGAGCAAAUUACAAACCAAACGUAAAGUGGAAAAAAGAGUUAAGAUCGAGGCAGUUGGUGAAAAUGAAAAGGAUGAUUCUUUAAAAAGUGAAGAAUUACGAAAAGAAUCAAGACAACUGGCCCGGGAGAUACUGAAAUCCAGGAGAGGGGCUGACAAAAAUGAAGAUGAGAAAGGAGAGGAGAAAAGUGAUGACAGUGAUCAAGAAGACGCAUCAAAUCCACUCUUCGCUGAUUUUAAGAAGCAACAAAAGAUUUAUAAAGAAAAGACAGCCAAGUUUAAACAGAAGGGCUCAACUCGGGAAGAAGCUACACUUGCUCUCUUAAACGGAUUCAAACAGAAACUGGAGACAGUGAGGAAAGAGGCGGGAUGGAAUGAAGAUGAGAUGGAAGAUCCACCAGAUGAUGAUGAUGGUGGAGAUGAUGAUUCUGGAUGGAUGUUACAUCGCUUAAAACACACGGAUGAGAAACGAGAUGCAAAAGAUGUGAACCGAACUGUUACUGAAGAUACUUACGACAUUCACGAUCCUAGGAACACAAUCAAUCAAAGACGAAGAGAGACCUCUAAAAAGCCACAUAAAGACAAGGACAAGACGGAGAGGCGACACCAUGAUAGACAUGACCGUCACCGCUCAGACAGACAUAAGCGCAGAUAGCAAUAUAAGUUCCACCUAAUUUAGAAAAAUAUCGCAUCACACAAAGUGCCUAAAAAAGGAUGAUGCAGUCGAGUUGCACUUGAGGCUUGCUACUAAAAAGCAAAGAGCUUGUAACUCGUUUGAAACCGUUUAAACUGUUUUGCUAAGAAAAAGUGAAUCACUGCUACUCGGACGGUGAUUUUUAGAAGUAUUAAAUAAAGUACAAAAUAUGUGUAUUAUUGCGUACAAUGCGUCACAAUUUGAUUCUCGAGUAUUUUUUUCACGCCACAACCCCACAAGUAAAACACUAGUCAUCCAAAUUU